CAACCCUUUGUAUUUUACCUCUGCUUAUUUUAAUGUAUUCUAGAGAACAUUCAAGAGAAUUUAAGAGGCAUCAUUUGAAUAGAAAAAGAAAAAAGAAAAUGUAGCUAAUGUAAGUGACCCUGUGAGGAAUGGAUGCCAAAUAGACACCAAAUCUAAAAAAGUACAAUUGGAACAGUAAGCUCUUUUGAGGUUAGAGUUAUGGGGAAGAUUGUGGUUUAUUGCCUCCAUUCAUAAUUGAAAAUGUUAAAUUAUAGUUAGAGGCCAGUGAAAAUAAUGAUAUUUUUUUCUCUCAGUAAAGUUGUGGACUCCCUGAAGCCAAACCCAUCCACUAGAAGAUGUUUGACUCCUAGAGGCUCCUAGGAGUCAUCUGAUAGAAAAGGCACAAGUGAUGGUGUAUGAGAGAGAAGUAUGGACCAGUAUUUACAGUCAUUGUUAUGGGCACCCGAAUGACCUUUGUUACUGAAGAAGAGGGAAUUAAUGUGUUUCUCAAAUCCAAAGAAGUAAAUUUUGAACUAGCAGUGCAAAAUCCCAUCUAUCGUACAGCAUCCAUCGCAAAGAAUAUCUUUUUAAAACUGCAUGAGAAACUUUAUAUCACGGUGAAAGGGAAAAUGGGGACUUUAAACCUAUACAAAUUCACUGGACAAUUGACUGAAGAAUUACAGGAACAGUUGCAGAAUUUAGGUACUCAUGGGACCACAGACCUGAACAAGUUUAUGAGGCACCUCCUUUACCCCGUCACAGUGAACAUACUCUUUAAAAAGGGUCUGUUUCCCUCAGAUGAGAGGAAAAUCAGGGAGUUUCAUCAGCACUUUCAAGCUUAUGAUGAAGGUUUUGAAUAUGGGUCCCAGUUGCCAGAAUGCCUCCUCAGAAACUGGUCAAAAUCCAAAAAAUGGCUUCUAGAACUUUUUGAGAAAAACAUUCCGGAUAUAAAAACAUACAAAUCUGCAAAAGAUAAUUCCCUGACAGUCAUGCAGGCUGUACUGGAUCUCCUAGAGAUGGAAGCAAAUGAACAGAAGAGUCCCAAUUAUGGGCUCUUACUACUUUGGGCUUCUCUGUCCAAUACUGUCCCUGUUGCAUUUUGGACAUUUGCAUUUGUCCUGUCUCAUCCCAAUAUCCACAGGACCAUUAUGGAAGGCAUAUCAUCUGUGUUUGGCACAGCAGGUAAAGAUAAGAUUAAAGUGUCUGAGGAUGACUUGAAGAAACUCCCUUUAAUUAAAUGGUGUAUUUUGGAAACCAUUCGUUUAAGAGCCCCUGGUGUCAUCACUCGAAAAGUCCUGAAGCCAGUUAAAAUUUUGAAUUACACUGUUCCUUCUGGUGACUUAUUGAUGCUGUCUCCAUUUUGGCUACAUCGAAAUCCAAAGUAUUUUCCUGAACCUGACCUGUUCAAGCCUGAACGUUGGAAAAAGGCAAAUUUAGAGAAGCAUGCUUUCUUGGACUGCUUCAUGGCAUUUGGGAGCGGGAAGUACCAGUGUCCUGGAAGAUUUUGCCCACGCCAUCAUUCCCAAUCAAAAGUUUGGUACCCCAGGCAUAAUGUUUCCUGUGUAGCUGAGAAGUAUUAAGAAAACAUUCCUAGCAUGAGCAUAACUCAACUUGCUUCUGAAGAGCUUUUGUAAAAAUAUGGAUUUAUGAAGCUCUCUUUCUUUGGAGUAAAAGCCUUUAAUGUCACAGGUAUGUGUAUGUUAGUCCCUAAUAUUUUAGACAUCAAAACAAAAUUCAGUAACAGGGUAAAGGCUUGUAAACACAAAUUGCUUUUUGCCAUUUCAAAAGAAUUAACUUCACUUAGUGAAUAACUGAGGUAGUAAUUCUGCUAGAAUAUCCAAAUAUUUGGAGAAAAUAAGAGUUUUAGCACAUAUUAUUUUAUUACCUGUUUUAUUAACUCAUCUUUUUCUUUAGAAUAUCAGAAUGUUUAGAAAUGAUAGCAAAUGUGAUAUUAAUAUUUAUACUAUUUCAAUACCUAAUACUAAUUUAAUAACUGAACUAGCUUACCCCUCAAUAACAAAAGAAGAAAAAAUUUAAAACCUCAGUAACGCACACAGUAUCAGUUGGUCAAAAAUCUAAAUUAUAGUUUUACCCUAAGGAAAUUCAGUUUUAUGAUUUUUAAAAACAUCACAGAGACUAAAAUUAGUUCCGGAAAUGCUUACAGGUUCCAGUGGAAAACUAUCUUAAUGAACUAAUAAACAUUAGUUCUAUUUCUAAUCAAAAUAUACAUAGUGUUUCUAAAAUAGUCCAAUUUGUGCUCUUAAAUAGCUUAUGAACUAUUUCUUGUUUACACAUUUGCAUGAUAGAGGAAGUAUUCGUGGAGGGCCUCUUAUGUGUGAUAACGUUUAAAGAGCCGUCAUUUUCACAUAGAAGUAUCACUUUUUAGUACAGUUUAUUCACAGGGUCUGCUGUACUUUCAGGGUCAGAGUGCCCAGCACGGGCACCUCACACAUUACGUCCCUAGGCGGGCCUGUUGUUCAGUUCCUCCUGCUCCUCUGGCUGCAUCUCUCAUCACCUCACCUUCUGCAGGGAAUUGAGGGCCUUCUUCCCUGCAACAGCUCCCCCCGCCCCGUCAAUAGUCCACAGUCUUCACACAGUGCCUCUCCUCCAGGGACUGGAGAGGAGGGGUACCAGGCACUCUUUCCCCACGGGGCUGAGUUCAGAGAAGGGCUUCGGUCACAGCAAGCUAAACUUAGAAAGGGGCUAAAAACAGACUUCUAGGAAAAUAGGAUUUGUUUGGAUAAAGGAGAACCUAUAAAACUUGUAAUUCACAAAUGCAGAAUUAACGAGCAUUUUUUCUAGCGCUGCUGGGUAGCUGCUAAAGAUCGAGGAGUCACUGCUUAUUCUACUGAAUGCAAAAUGUCAGUGCAGUGAUCGUUACCUAAGUCACUUCUAGAGAGGGAGCUGAGGACUGAGAAGAAUUGGCUGUUUUAUGCGAGCAGGAACUUUAAUGUUUCUUUUCACACGUGGGUACUCAUUGCCACAGGCUUCCUAGGUGGCUCAGUGGUAAAGAAUCCACC